AUGGAGCAGAUGAAGCAGCAGCAGAUGAAGCAGCAGGAGCAAGAGCAAGUGCGCCAGUCGAUGAUACAGCAGGUGAUGCUGCCUGAUGCCCGGGAACGUCUCGCUCGGAUAGCGAUCGUCAAGCCAGAGAAAGCACGUGCGAUUGAAGCGAUGGUGAUUGAGAUGGCGCAGCGUGGCCAACUGGCUGCGAAGAUUGACGAAGAUAAGCUCAUUGAUCUGCUGAACCAAGUGGGGUCAACAGAGGAAAAGAAGCGCACAAAAGUCACGAUGAAGCGACGGACGUACUUCAGUGAUGAAGACGACAACGACGACGACGAUGAUGACUUUUGA